AUGGCCGCUGAGUCCAUUACUGGUGUAGGAUAUGGGGUAGGUGUUGGUGCUCUAGGAUUGCAUCUGACAAGAGCUCCUUCCAUAGUCGGUAGCUCUAAUCCCAAUUAUCAGGACAUAAGCUUUUAUACGAAAUUGGACGUGUUGGGGCAGAUGGGAGAUUAUCUCAUCGUUAAGCUAAGGAAAUUGGACAUGUACAUCUAACAUUUUAUAAGCUUCCAAUUCUCAUUUAAUAAGUUCUCUUUUGUUAAAAAAGAUAUUAAGCCUUUACCAUAUGUGAUAUGUCUUUGCAGUGGUAGAGUAGAUCAAUACACAUGUAUUUCAAUCUCAGCUUUCUUUAUUUUUAGGUCAAUUUGGCAUACCAUGUGUUCGAUGAAAUGCUUAAGAAAAUUAGUUUUUGAUUAAACUCCGUUCUUUAUGAGGAAUUGAAAUUAGGUUGUUUUAAUGUGACG